GGACGUUUACCUGAGCGCACCUUUCUCAGGAACGCAGAAUGACCAGAAGCCCUCGUCGCCGCUGACUUGACUCGCUGCGCCGCACAGAGAAAGAAGUUUACAGAUCGCAGUGCCUGACCUCAGAACAGCCCACACCUCACCCGGCACCGAGCGUACCUGGAGGCAGAGGACGAGCUGCAUGCGUCCGUCAGGUGUUUCUGCAAACACAGGUAAACAGAGACCAAUAAAGCAGUUGUACCACAAGAGCCUGCAGUACUAUCUGACGUGAUGACAUCAGAGGACCUCUUAAACACUCUGGAAGAUUUGGGAGAUGAAGAGUUUGAUAAAUUCAAGUGGUUCCUGCAGCAUGGUGAUGUCCUUCGGGGGCGCCCUGCCAUCAGAAAGAGCCGUCUGGAGACGUCAAAGCGACUGGAAACUGUGGACCUGAUCAUACAAACCUAUGAACUCCAAGGAGCUUUGGAGGUGACCAAGGUGGUUUUAGAGAGAAUUAACAGAAAUGACCUGCUGCAGAGUUUUUCUGUCAGCAGCCCAACAACCGAAGUGCACAUCAAUGGUGGGAAGACUUCAAAGAAGAAAGGGGAUGAAAAUGAUGGUGGGAAAACCGCAAAGAAGAAAGAUGACGAUAACAAUGAUGGGAAGACUUCGAAGAAAAAAGCAGAUGAUGAAGAUGGAGGGAAGAGCCCAAAGAAGAAAGGGGACAAUGACAGUGAUGGGAAGACUUCAAAGGAAGAAGCGGAUAAUGAAGAUGGUGGGAAGACUACGAAGAAGAAAGGAGAUGACGGCAGUGUUGGGAAGGCUAAAAAGAAGAAAGGACUUUUCUCCUCUAAGACUCAGGCUCCUACUUCUGAGACUGAUGAUAUGAUGGUUCCAGUACCAGAGCCACAUCCCAUCACAUUUUACCAGCAGAUGCUUCAGUCAAAUUUCCAGGAUAAAUUUUUGGGUGCAGAAGAAGAGUGGGCAAAAGACACACAGCAUCUGGCUGAUAUCUACACAGAGCUGUACAUCACAGCCAGGUGUGGCGCACAUUUCCACACACAGCACGAGGUCCGAACGUUAGAAAAGGCAUGGAAGCCAGCAGAAGCAGAGAAAUCAAUUCAACCCACAGACAUGUUUGAGCAUCCUUCUGGAGAAUCCAAACCCAUCAAAACAGUGAUGACCAAUGGAAUCGCAGGAAUUGGAAAAACUUUCCUUGUCCAGAAGUUUGUUUUGGACUGGGCUGAAAAAAGAUCCAAUCAAGAUGUGCAUCUGAUUUUCCCCUUCACCUUCCGUCAGCUGAAUCCUCUGAAGGGAGAAAAGUUCAGUUUGGCAGAGCUCAUUCAUGAAUGCAUCCCAGAAACUGUAGGCAUCCCACAGGAGGCUCUUAAUUACAUCUUUACAGAUGUUCAGUCAUCAGGAAUCACCAACUAUGACAAGAGUAAAUUCAAACUUCUGUUUGUGUUUGAUGGGCUGGAUGAGAGCCGCCUUCAUCUCGACCUUCAUUCUGAAGACAUUCGCUCUGUCGAUGUAACAAAGGCAACAGUAACAGAUGUCCUGCUAAGAAAACUCAUUAAUGGAAAACUGUUAUGCUCUGCUCGCAUCUGGAUAACCACACGGCCUGCAGCGGCCAAUCAGAUCCCCCAAGAGUUUAUAAACAGCAUCACAGAGGUCAGAGGGUUCACUGAGCCCCGGAAGGAGGAGUAUUUCAGGAAGAGAUUCAAAGGUGAGGAACAGGCCAACAGGAUUGUCUCCCACAUCAAAACAUCACGAAGUCUCCUAAUCCUGUGUAACAUCCCAGUCUUCUGCUGGAUCACUGCAACAGUUCUGGAGGAUGUGUUGAAAACCAGAGAGGGAGGAGAGCUGCCCAAGACUCUGACUGAGAUGUACGCAGAGUUCCUGAUGUUUCAGAUUGAUCGGACAAAAGAAAAGUAUGGCCCAGAGAAGAGCAUUCAAUACAUUACGUCAUUAGCAAAACUGGCCUUUGAGCAGCUGGAAAAGGGCAACCUGAUCUUCUAUGAGAAGGAUCUGAGAGAGAGCAGCAUUGACUUUGUCUCAGCAUGUGGAGGAGUUUCCACAGAGAUCUUUAAAGAGGAGCGAGGGAGGAAAGGGAAAGACAAGAUGUUCAGCUUCGUCCAUCUGAGUGUUCAGGAUUUUCUGGCUGCUUUUUAUGUGAAGAUGUCUCUAAUAAACAGCAACAAAAAUGUGAUGCCUUUACCACGAAUGUCUCUGAAAAACCUUCGACUCCUUUUUAGCAAAACAUCUUCGAAGAAGAUCCACAGGAUUUCCAUUGACAGGGCCUUAAAGAGUCCAAAUGGAAGCCUGGAUUUGUUCCUUCGCUUCCUUCUGGGUCUUUCACUGCAGACCAACCAGGAGAAACUACAGAACUUGUUGAUCAAGACGGACAGUAACCCACUGGCCAAUCAGAAAACAGCCCAGUACAUCAAGAAGAAGCUCAGUGAGAAUCUGUCUCCAGAGAGAAGCAUCAAUCUGUUCCACUGUCUGAAUGAGCUAAAUGAUUCUUCUCUAGUGGAGGAGAUCCAACAGUCCCUGAGAUCAGGAAGGCUCUCCACAGAAAAACUAUCUCUUGCUCAGUGGUCAGCUCUGGUCUUCAUCUUGCUGUCAUCGGAAGAAGAUUUGGGCGUGUUUGAUCUGAAGAAAUACUCAGUUUUUGCUUCAGAGGAUGCUUUUCUGAGACUGCUACCAAUAACGAAAGAAGCCAGCAAAGUUCUGCUGAGUGCAUGCAAUCUGUCAAAGAGAAGCUGUUCAGCUCUAUCCUCAGCUCUUAGCUCUGAGCCAUCCAGCAUGCGAGAACUGGACCUGAGUAACAACGACCUGCACGAUUCAGGAGUGAAGCUGUUGUCUAUUGGGCUGGGGAGUCCAAGCUGUACACUGGAGAAACUCAACCUGUCAGGCUGUAUGAUCUCAGGGAAGGGCUGUACUUCUCUAGCCACAGCUUUGAGAGCCAACCCCUACCAUCUGAGUGAGCUGGACCUGAGCUACAACCAUCCAGGAGACACCGCCACCAAGCUGCUUUCUGCUGGAGUGGAGCAUCAACACUGGAAGCUUAAAAUUCUCAGGCUGGAGCAUGGUGGAGAGCAGAGGCUGAAACCUGGUUUGAAGAAAUAUUUCUGCGAACUCACACUGGACACAAGCACAGCCAACAGAAACCUCAAGCUGUCCGACAACAACAGGAAAGUGACGGCACUGUCGACGCAGGAGCCUUACGCCCAGCACGCAGAGAGGUUUGACUUCUGCCUUCAACUGCUGUGCAAGCACGGUGUGACUGGUCGCUGUUACUGGGAGGUGGAGUGGAAAGGAGUGGUGGAUAUCGCAGUCAGUUACAGAGGAAUCAGAAGGAGAGGAGACAGUAUCGACUGCAAGUUUGGAUGCAACGGUCAGUCGUGGAGUCUGAUGUGCUCUGAUGUUGAUCACUACUCUGUGUGGCACAACAACACAAGGAAAGACAUCUCCUCCUCCUCCUUCUCCUCUGUCUCUAACAGAGCAGGAGUGUAUGUGGACUGGCCUGCGGGCACACUGUCCUUCUACAGAAUCUGCUUUGGCUCAAGGACCCUCCUCCACACCUUCCACACCACAUUCACUGAACCCCUUUAUCCUGGGUUUGGGUUCUGCACAUUGUUGUUCGGUUCUUCUGUGUUUCUGAGUUCUCCGUAGAAACGAGAGUCUGGGCUUAUGUCGAAAAGCGACUUGAUGUUUGACUCACUGUGACGUGAAGUCAGCGCCUUUAUGCUCCGGGUGGCUGAAUAUGUAGGCGUGUUCUUGUUAUCGUACUUUCUCACUGACGUGUCUUUGAACUUGUGUGUGUUUUGCUAUGUUUCUAUGUUUUUGUAAAUCAGGCCGCUGAAACGAGCCCACUGGGUUCAUAAAUAACUUAAAUCUUCUGGACACAGCUGGUCGUUGUGCUCACGAGCAACACCACCGACCUAACCCCUAACCCCUAACCCUAACCCAAAAUUAUUGUCUGAAGGCAAA